AUGUGUGACCAGGUCAUCGCUGAAGAUGAUGAAGAGAGUAGUUCAAGAGGUGUAAUUGUCAAUGAGCUCAUCAAGUAUUGUAUGUAUGAACGAGAACAGAUCCCAUUACCAUUUGAAAACAUAAAACGAGAUAUUGACCGGGAUGAAAAUGCUCGCCUACAACUACAAAAUGAAAAGAAUUUUCAUCAGUUUAAGGUUUUAAAGAAAGUUGUGGAAAGAAAAUCUCAGAAUGCAGUGUUCUCUCUUGAGCAACUGUUUGACAAUCUGAGUCAACUCUUUGAGAGAUAUCCAGAGGUUCAUCAGGUGUUGAUUCUGCUUGGUGGCACGGUCGUUAGUCCAAAAGAAACAUACCUAGUCAACCUCCCCCCUACCUGUCCCGAUGCUGAGCCGCCAGCGGACAGAUCCUAUGUGAAAUAUCUCUACCGACAGCUCAUUACACAAGACCUUCUUGGAGAUGUCAAGUCCAUAUCUCCCACCAACAUGACCGUGUUUGUGCGUGCCCCACGUGACUGUGGAUUAGAGUGGUUUCUUCCAAAGCCGGCUUUCAAAGUGCCACAGAAAAGCAAACAGUUUGAAUUCAACAUAAGCUGUACGCAGUCAAGCUCAUCCUCCUACAACUUGACUCAGGCUGAUGAGGAGUUUGACAUUUCAGGGAUUCAGCCCCUCUCUCCGACAGAUCUUUCUACCAGUGAGUUGUCUGGUAGCAGUGUCUUUCACACAGACGAUGAUGACAUGGCAGAAGAGCCAUUGGUGCUUGGUGCAGCUGACAAUGGGUACAACAAUUCCCAGAACACACCAUCUUGCAUUUAUUCAUCAAAAUUCUUUGCUUGUCCAAAGAGACAUUCUUCCACAAAGUGUUCACAGCAGAUGAGUAAUAGCUCAGACCUGUCAGAGAUUUGGACAAGCACAGACUCUGGGUUUCAUACAGACCCCACAGACAUGGAUAUGAUUUGGUUUCAGUCUCCUGUAGUUGUGAAAGGAUACAAGAACAAAUUGAAUCACAUGGAUUGAUAUAUGUUUUUAAAAUUUAAUAUAGAAAAAAAGAUGUCAUGUCUUAUUCUAAUAUAUUUAUGUAUGUUUAUGGGAGUCGCAUGAAACAUAUCACUGAUAACAUUUGUAUAUAAAGAUGUUUAAGUAUUCUUCAUUUUUAAAGAAAAGAUUAAAAGGAACUCCUGUGAGUUUCUGUUAAUGUAACUAAUAACAUUGUUCAGAAAGGUACCUAGAAAACUGAUAAUUAGUUCAGUGUUUACCCACAGGUGAUGUUGCUCUGUGGUAGAGUGAUCGAUUCAGGGCUUUAGAUCUCACUACUUUUGUAAUUUUAUGUAAUAAUUGAUAUUAUUUUGAAGAAAAAAAAACAAUUUCUACAAUU